UCAAAACAAAACGUUGCUAUGAUGUGGUAGUGCUAGCGAACUAUUCGAUUUAGGUGUUUCAGUCUAAAUUAUUAGAGAAAAAUACUUAAAAGUGAAUUGUGAAAAUGGGGACGGCAGGCCAAUCUAUUACAUUGGCUAACAGUAUCAUAGGAGUGGGUAUAUUAGCUAUGCCAUUUUGUUUUCAACAAUGUGGAGUCUUGUUGGCAACUUUAAUUCUGUUGUUGAUGGGUUUGGUCUCCCGGCUCUGCUGCUAUUUCCUCCUCAAAUCUGCACUAAUAGCUAGAAGAAGAACUUUCGAAUUUCUAGCGUUCCAUGUGUUCGGUCCAGCUGGCAAGUUAGCAGUGGAGGUGGGCAUCAUUGGGUUUCUCAUGGGUACUUGCAUCGCGUACUUUGUCGUCGUCGGCGACCUCGGCCCGCAGAUCAUCGCCAAGAUGUUCAACAUCAGCCAGAGUGAUAUAUUGAGAACAUCAAUAAUGGUGAUAGUGUCUCUGGUGUGUGUGCUGCCUCUGGGUCUCCUGAGGAAUGUUGACAGCUUGAGUAACGUUAGCGCUGCCACCAUAGGAUUCUACUUCUGUCUGGUUAUAAAAGUGAUAACAGAAGCAGCCUCCCAGCUGUUGACCGGCGACUGGCAUGCCAAGAUGGACAUGUGGAAGCCGUCAGGCGUGCUGCAGUGCGUGCCUAUAUUCUCCAUGGCGUUAUUCUGUCAAACACAACUGUUCGAAAUCUUCGAGUCUCUACCAACGUUGUCUCUGGAGAAGAUGAACGUGGUGACCAAGAACGCUAUCAACAUCUGCACCAGCGUGUACUUUACCCUCGGCCUGUUCGGCUACAUAGCCUUCUGCUCGCGAGAUAUAUCUGGCAACAUCCUGAUGUCCCUGUCGCCGACGAUGGCGAAUGACGUCAUCAAGCUGGGCUUCGUCAUGUCCCUCGCGUUCAGCUUCCCGCUCAUCAUCUUCCCGUGUCGCGCCAGUUUGUACUCGUUUCUAUAUAAAAAGAUCCACCCGGCUCACCACGACCACAUAAUCAACCACUCUAUCCCAGAGACAACAUUCCGCUGCAUCACCGUAGCUAUCGUCGCCGUCGCACUAUUCAUAUCGCUGCUGAUUCCCAACAUUGAACUAGUGUUGGGAUUAGUGGGCUCCACUAUUGGGGUGCUGAUAUGUGUCGUGUUCCCCGCCGCCUGCUUCGUUAACGUCACCUUUAAGAACACGAACGAGAGGGUUUUGGCCAAGGCCGUACUAAUACUAGGACUAGUGAUAAUGGUUCUGGGCACGUACGCGAACCUACAAGCGGCUGAGACCAAACUAGACCGCUUCGAUGACAAGAUCACCCAGGAAAGAAUAGACAAAAUGGUCGAAGACUUCUUUGAGAGGAUGGAGAAACGUGACGAUAUUGUCCCAAAGACUAUCGACGAAAACAAGCCAAAAACGCAUAAGGAGACGAUAAAAAAAGAAGCAAUAUUAGAUUCAGAGGUGCAACCACCUAAUCCUGUGCCACCAGAAUCGCAGUCAAACGAGAAACGCCAGGUCGAAGGUAAACCACAGACAGAGGACAAAAAUAAAAGCAAGCUCUUACCUAUAGCUGAAAACGUAGCCGAUAAAGCGUCAGAAUCUCAUCCAAGAAAUUUGCAGAAGGUAAACGGAGCAAAACUAACAAACGGAGACAAGAAAGAAGAGAAAAUAAUUGAAACACCUAAAGAAGAAAAGGCUAAACCACCGACUAAUCAGGAUAAAGCUCAAGAUAAACUUGACAUUAUAAAACAGCAACAGCUUAUAGAAACUAUUAAACAGCACGGCGAAGAACAAAAAGAGCUGAUCAAGGAACAGAAAGAAAUUCUAGAUGAAAUAAAGAAGACAAAGAAUGAACUGAAACAGAACAAGAAGGACAUUGAUGACUCUGACGCUAAGAAAAUAGCGGUUGAAAGUAUACAACAGAUUGCUAACAUGGCAAUAAAGAGUCUUAGUGGGGUCACGGAGAAACCUCUGGGCGACAAUGACGUAAAAGUUAAAGACGAACCAUUGGAGAAAAUAGCCAAUGAAGCCGUCCAAGAGAUUGCUAAAAAAGCAGUUGAGACUAUCGAAGCUAUUAAAGAAAUAAAUGAGAAACCAAAGCCUAACCCAGAUAAGGAGGAAAAUCACAUUGAAACUGGAAAUCUAGGUAACGCACUGAAUAAUGUCGUAAAUUCGAUGCCAGUUCAAAGCAGGGGACCAGUAGUACAGAACCUACAAGGAAAUAUUCAGAACCCACAAGGAAAUAAUCAGAGCCCACAAGCAAAUAUCGAAAGCCCACAAGGAAAUAUUCAGAGCCCACAAGCAAAUAUUCAGAGCCCACAAGGCAAUAUUCAGGGCCCACAAGGUAAUAUUCAGAGUCCACAAGGGAAUAUUCAAAGCCCACAAGGUAAUAUUCAGAGCCCACAAGGUAAUAUUCAGAGCCCACAAGGGAAUAUCCAGAAUCCACAAGUAAAUGGUAACAAUAUCGCCCCAGUCGUCAGUCAAAAUCAAAUAAAUCCAGUGCUUAAUAUGCCACAUGCUGAAGCUUUAGUUCAAAAUUUAAAAAUGGCAAUACCACAAGUCAAUAACAAUAAUCAAGCUAAAAUUUCUAAUAACAUUCCUGCAAAUAAUGCUGUCAAUAAAAUCCCAAAUAAUGUACCUUUGGCGAGUAAUGUACUAAACACCAUACCUAUCUCGCAGCAAGUACAAAACGAACUACAGAAAGAACACAACAAUCAAAGGCAAAAUAAUCAACAAAUACAGAACAAACAACAACAGAAUGAAAUAAAUCAACCUCUGGAGAAUCAAAUCAAUUACCAACCACCACAACAAGUUAAUCAACAACAACAGGCUCCAUCAGUUCAACAACAGAGUGAGUCGAUUCCUAAACAGACACUGAACAAUAACCAUGUGCAGAAUCAAUUGAAUAAAAAUGAACCGCAAAAGCUACACUCGCAUUCCCCAGAUGAACCUCAAUCGUAUAAACAAGGAGAAGACGCACAGAAGAUUCUAGAAGUAGCUAAGAACAUAGUCGAACAUGUACCACUGCCUAUUGCAAUGAAUGGCAAUGCGCAACCAAGCCAAAAUACAAACAACAAGCCAGAUACAAAAGCAGAAGAUAUUAAAAAUGAAAAUAUUGUAAACGAUAUAGAAACGAAUGGUGCUAAAGAAAAUGUACAAAAUGUAGAAGCUCCUGUGAGACAAAAAAGAGAAGUAGUAGACUGCACAAAAACGACGUCCUUAGCGCCACAAGAUAAAGAAAUAUGCAAGAAAUUAAUUGCUCCCAAAAUGGAAAAGGGUUCCGAGGAAAUAUUAUCUUCGAAAGUGGAUUUCAAUGAUGCUGUAUUGCCGAAGAAUUUACCUAUUGACUCGAUGAUACAUCACAUGAGAUCUCUCAAAAGUUUUGAUGAAACCGGUAAAAGAAGAUAAAAGUGAGUUUUUGUUUAUUUAUAAGGAACUUUAUUUCAAUGAAGUGAUUAUGUGGACACAUUCUGUGGAAUAAUGUAAUAAAAUCAGUUUUAUGAGCCUUUCCUCAUAUAUGAAACGAUUUUUGAUACUACAGUUCAUGUUUUUAUAUUUUUUUUUUUGGGAUAGUAAAUGCCAUCAGUUUUUGUGACUGCAUGUGUCUGUGCUAUAUAGAGAUCUUUAUAGAAAUUAUGGGCGUGUUUAUGCAUGAAAUAAUAAAUAUAAUAAUCAUGAAAUUAUUAUACUAUUUCACAGCCUAUGCGUAUUUUUUGCAUUUAUUUAUUGUUAUUUAUGUACAUAUUGUUAUUGUAUGAUGUAAAUGUUAGUGAGAAUUACAAUAAGCAUGUAAACUUUUACUGAACUCAAGGCCAUUGGAACGUUUAACUCUUUUUAAUAUAAAGCCUUGCUGUACUAAUAAAAUUGUGAUCUCAAAAAGUAAUAAAAUAUAAAAAACGUGUCUUAAAAUUAUUGUGUAAUGUUUUGUGUAAGCCAGGUUACAUUUAAAACGACUGAUUGUGAAUAAUAAAAAAUAUUUUGAUAACA